CGCGAACGAAGAUUCCACUGAAGACGCAGCAGAACCGCUGGGGGCGGGCGGGUUGGGAUCGUCCGCUGAAAAAGUCGCGCCACAAGCUCUUGACCUGGAAGACCCGUAUGCAAGUAGAGUAAAAUCGUACUAGUAGUAGAAAUCGCACGACAAAUAUCAAUUUUUGGACCAAUAAAAGAAAAAAUAAAAAGUGGAAAUAAGUAAAUUUGUAAUGCUAAAUCAGACACAGGAGUAGUUGAAGAAGAAGAUGCAGCAGUGCGAUUACUACGAUUUCACGAUAUGAAACUCUUGCCCAGGAUAAGCAGCCGACGGCGGACAUUUCCUGCUGCGGGGCAUUUUUGCAGGAGGGGGAAAUGAGCCAAGGGGAUAAUAUCCAGCAGACGAACAACGACAACUACCUGAAUCAGCAGGAAGUUCUGGGUCUCAUGCAGACCACGUCGCAGCACGGCCACGAAGAUCUUCUUCCUCAAGCAGAAAAGGUCAAGGUCGACGGGAGUCCUCCUGGGGAUGAUGGUGAAGCUGCCGGAGCUCUUCCUCGUGGCAGUACGCUGGUUCGGAACGAAGACAAUCUUCUUCGGGACGGGACUGUAGGGGAUGAAGCGCUGCCCUUGAAGAUGUCGACGUCGGAGGCGGAUUCGCCGUCACGUUCCUCUCAAGAAGCAUCCUUUUUACUCGCAGUCUGAUCUUUUCUAGCGCGUUUGAGAGAGUUCACGAACCUAUUUUUGUCGCCCAAGAUGAACAUGAUUCAAUUCAUUCUAAUUCUUCAUUGCUAGCUUUCGUCGUACGGACACUGUUUUGGUUUGCGUGAUUUUAUAAUUGCAAUUUCAAGUUUUUAACAUGCCACAAAAUUAUCCGCCUCCAAACUGCACACAUAGCACGUUCCAAUGUCACAGAUUUUCCAAAUUAUCAUUAUCCGAUACCAGUUACAGUUUUUGUUUUACUAAGUUGCCAAUCAUCAUUAUUUAUCGUCGUUGCUAAGUUCACAGAGUAAGUACAUUAUCGUCGUUGCAUUUUGUUUUACUGAGUGCAUUAUCGCCGUUGGUAAUCAACCUUUUCUUUAUAUAUUUAUUCGUUUUUCUUUUUUCGAUGCCAGCCUUACCCGCACGCCAAAAAAUAAAAACUCCGCCCCAGCACUAGCACACCGAGAAAACACAUCAAGCAAGCAUGAUUCCCCGAAUAGAUACAAGCAUCAUGUUUAAUCAAAUUAUCGUCGGCCCCGAUUCGGGGACCCCCGAAUAAAAG